CCCCGUUCAUUCACUCGUCUCAGUCGGUCUCGUCAGUUCCCGUCUGCGCGUCGAUUUAGUCGUACGUGUUUAAGUUGUGUGUUUACGUGAAUGUUAACAUUGUUAUUAACAAUCGCUCAGCUGUUCUAGUGUCAAAUCUUUACUUGUUUUAUCAUAAAGCCGUAUCACAAGGCCAACAACGGAACGGCAGCGUCAGUUUGUGUGAAGAUUUAACGGAAAACAGCAAAGAAAUAGUCACAGUCGAAUGUAAAAAUAUACGCGUCGCAGAGAGAACCGUUUCACCGCGUGUGACUCUAAUCGAUACCUUUAAAUGAUAACAUGGAUUCAAUUAGGUGUUGUUUUAGAAGACGGUGAGAUUGUUGUGUGAGUGUUGUGUUGUGCGCCGGCCGCUCGCGCUCGACUGCUACUAAAGCUAUGCGGUUAGCUUAGAGCGCGCGAUGUGUGCGGGCGUGCGGGACGUGUGGUGCGCGCUGGCAGCGCUGGCGGCGCUGAGCUGGCUGGCGGGCUGCGGCGCUCUGCAGCAGCCGCGCUGCGAGGAGAUCACCAUCCCGAUGUGCCGCGGCAUCGGCUACAACCUCACCUCCUUCCCCAACGCUCUCGACCACGACACGCAGGAGGAGGCCGGACUCGAGGUGCACCAGUACUGGCCGCUGGUGGAGAUCAAGUGCUCGCCGGAUCUGAAGUUCUUCCUAUGCUCGGUGUACACGCCCAUCUGCAUCGAGGACUACAUGGCGCUGCGCUAA